AUGCGCGUGCAACGGUCCGCGUCGUUUGCGGGCGGGAGCGCGGUAGCCGCGACCCUGCAUGGGAGCGCCGUGGCAGCGACCCUGGCGCAGCAGCUGGGGUGGGAGCACGAGGCGGAGGCGGCGGAGGAGGAGGAGGAGCGGAAGGCGCGCGAGCAGGUGCGCAGGGGACGAGAGGUGGCCCAGCAAGGGGAGGGGCAGCAGAGUGCGCAGAGCGAGCUGACUGCGCGACUGGAGGAAGCGAUGCUGAGAGCCAACAUCGCUAGCGCUGCUCCUGAUGCUACCACUGCUGGCCGCACUGCCCAUGCUGAAAGCGUUGACUGCGUUGACUGGGCCAACCGCUGUGACGUGGAAACUGCAUCCUCCUCUUCCUCCUCGUCUGACGAUUCUUCCGAACGUGGGGAUGCCAAUAACGCGGAUGGGUUGGAUGAUGCGAUACAGGGUACAGUGCACCACUGUAGCUUCCCCUCUAUGGACGCGUCAGAUGCCGCCCAGCCUGUCCUCGAGUCGUUCUGCUCUGACAUCUCUGCCACGUCAGCUGCCACGUCAUCCUCCGCGUUCUCGUCUCGAUCAGGGGCGUCGUCCCAUUGGACGGACAUCCCCAGCAGCGGCUCCCUCUCAACCCCAGCCUGCCACGUGUCACAGCAAUCCCACCCCAUCAACCACGACAGCAGCAGAAAGGGCAGAAGCACCGGCUAUCUCUCAGAUUCAGCUCUCAUUCCCAGAGCACCUUCCGCUAAGCCAGCAGUACCUGAAAAAUCACCUGAAGCAGCACCUGAAAUGUCAGGAAUAGCAGGAGUCAGAGAAUCAAUGUCACGAGGGAGGGAGGGGCUGGGUGGGCGCAGGUCAGCCUUGGAGCCUCUUUGUGGUAACCAGAUGCAGGGCGCAGGUGGAGUGGUAGGAGAGGAGGCGAGAGGAGCAGGGAACAAGGGCCAGGAGAAUCAAGAUCAAGAAAGGAAGAGGCAGGAUGGGAAGGGGCAUGGCGUGGUGGGGGGGGUUGUGGCGCAGGAGAGGGAGGAGGCAGGGGAGGGGAAGGAGGAUGCCAGGUGUCCUGUUCUGGUUGGCCGGUUCCCCGUGCACAGGCCGAGGCAGAGGGCGGGCGUGGGCGGCACGAUGGGCGGCAGUGUGGGCGGGUGGAGUGGCGGGUCGGGGCGGCGACUCUCGGUGCUGAAUAAGACAAGGGACCCACAAAGAGUGAGGAGAAUGGAGUCUGAGAGUGAGAGUGCGAGGGAUAGGGAGAGGGAUUUGGGGAGAGUGAGGAGCGAAGGGAGUGGGAUUGGGAGUGAGAGGGGUAUGUGUGCGCCUGCUGUGUGUUUGUUAGCUGAUGGUGGAAGUGAGAGGGAGGGUGGUGAGAGUGCGAGGGACAGGGAGUGGGGUUUUGUGGUGCGAGCAACAGCAGUGGGGGAGAAGGGCAGGGAGAGGGAGGAUGCAGCGGAGAGUGCAGAAGAGUUGAGUGUGGAAGGGGAAGAUGAGGAGGGAAGUGAGAGGAAUGAUGGAAGGGAGGGAGACGCGGGAGAGGGAGUGAGUGAGAGGAGGAGUAGCGAGGCUAGGAGUGAGGGGAGAGCACAGGAGACGAGCAGCAAAGAGGGCGAAAGAGGGAGGGAGGCACAAGGCAGCAGGGAAGGAGAGGGCGGCAGGGAGGUGGAGAGCGGUGCAGAGGGAGGUGCGGACCUACUCCCGUGUGUGCGACAGCAGUCACUGCCUCUCAGCCGCAGCUGCAGCUCGCUGGUGCCCUCCAGGCGCUACUUCUCCGAUGGGGGAGAGGAGGCACGCAGGGACGGCAGGAGGGGCGUGACUGCAAUCCCUGUGAUGCCGCAGAGGGCAGCGAUGGGAGGGGAAGCGGCGGUGCAGGGAGGGGUAGGUUGGGCUGAUGCAAGACUGGGCACGAGUAGCAGUGGCGGCACCGGCGGUGCUGCACGUGUUCCCGUGGCCUCGCCGUCCCCUGGUGUGAGGCGGAGCUUCUCCUUCACUCACGGCGCUGGGCAUGCAGCUGCAGGGGCAGCGGCAGUCCAAGCAGUGGGUGGUGGGCGAGGGCAGGCAGGGGAUGAGGUGGCGGGCAUAGGAGGGAUGGGGGCGGCAGGGGUGUGGGAGGGGCCGUGGAGGAAGCUGCAGUGGCGCGAGGUGGAGCAGGCAACUGAUGGGUUUGCCACACGGUCACAUAUGCACAAGGAGGGUAUGCACAAGGAGGGUAUGCACAAGGAGGGUAUGCACAAGGAGGGUAUGCACCUCUGUCAAGCUUGCACCCUCACAGUAGCACCACCCGCACAGGUUUCUCACUAUCCACCCGCCCUCUUCUUUCCAUCAACCAUACGCACAGGAAACCUUCUGAGAACGUGCGGGGGCUACAGCCGGGUGUAUCAGGGGCGGCUGCCCGGCGGGCAGCAGAUAGCUGUGAGGCGCGAGAUGAUUACCUGCGCCUCCACUGCUCAUGCUGCUCAUGCUGCUCAUGGUGGUUGUGGUGGUGCUGGUGGGGUUAUUGCUGCUUAUGGUGCGAGGCAAGGGGGAAGCCCACGUGACGGCAUGCCGUUGGCUGCUGAACGCGGGCUGAGCAGCGAGGUGGCGGCUGAGCUGGCGGUUCUGGCGACGCUGAGUCACCGCCACGUGGCACAGCUGGUGGGGGUGUGUGCGGAGAGUAGAGAAGAGGUGGCGUUGGUGUUUGAGCACAUGGACGGGGGCAGCCUCGAGUCUGCUCUCAGGGGGGACUCCGGGGCUCCUGCUGCUGGCAACCCUGGCCCUCUCACCUGGUCCAUGCGGCCAAUGGUAGCGCGCCAGCUGGCACUCGCGCUGCACUACCUGCACGAGGGGGCGCCCAGAGCAGUGGUGCAUCGCAACGUGCGGGCGGCGAGUGUGAUGCUAACGAGGGGCGGCGAGGUGAAACUAUCGGAAUUCGGGUUGGCUCUUUUUGCCGCCCCCAAAGAUGCGCCCAUGCAAGUGCCCCUCGCCGGCACCUUUGGCUACCUGGCACCGGAGUACCUUUCCCACGGCGCAGUGAGCACGCGCACAGACGUGUUUGCGUUCGGAGUGGUGCUGCUGGAGCUGCUCUCAGGGCAGCCCCCUGUGGACGACUCCCGGCCCCGAGGGAUGCAGUGCUUAGUGCAAUGGCCAUACCAUACCCCGACUCCUCUCCACUCUUCCUGCUUCGCAUCACCUCACAUCACCCCACCUCACCUGGCCACAUACCUCAUCUCAUUCGUUGCUUGUGCCUCUCCUCUCCCUACCACUCCUCCUUCCCCACUCAUUCUCACUCUCCCAACAUUGCUCCCUCCUACUUAUCUCAUCUCCUCCCCUCCCGCCUCUCUCCCCACGUCCCGUCCCCCCACCUGUCUGCCUACAGGCACAGCCGCUCAUAGAGGCAGGCACGGCCACUCAUUGAGGCGGGAAGGCUGCACCAAGUGGUGGACCCCGCCCUGCAGGGCAGGUACCACCUGCACCAGUUCGCGCUGCUCACUCUUCUGUUCCCACCAUUGCUCCGCCCCUCCCCGCCCUCCCUGCCAGGCACGGCCACUCAUUGAGGCGGGAAGGCUGCACCAAAUGGCGGACCCCGCCCUGCAGGGCAGGUACCACCCGCACCAGUUCGCGCUGCUCGCCCGCACGGCGCUGCUCUGCACGCACAAGGACCCCUUGCUGCGACCCUCCAUGCUGCAGGUACUAUCGGUGUUUCUUUGCACAUGGAACUAUCUCAUACUCUCUUUCCCUCUCCUGCUCCCUCCAGUGAUUUGGAUCAAGGGGUUCAACCUCCUGCUCUCCCAUUCGAAUUGA